AUGGACUCACAACCUACCAGUGAAUCCCAGACACCCAGUUCUCGCACUAGGUACUCAUUGACGGAGCGAGCUGCGUUUGCUGGGUACACCAUACCAGAGUGGUCCCAUACUCCCGAUUGCCCCUAUGCUCUCGAGGUCGUGAAGGGAGGUGUUUUGUUACAAACAAUUCCGAUCGAUCAACAGCCGUUUUACCUUAUCGGAAGAAAUGCGGAUGUGUCAGAUAUCGUUCCGGAGCAUCCUUCGCUUUCUCGAAUCCACGCCGUGCUUCAAAUGGGCAAAGAAGGACGAAUCGAGCUGCUCGAUUUCAAAAGUACCCAUGGCAGCUUCAUCAACGGCAAGCAAAUCAAAGCGUUCCAAUACUAUCCGCUCCAUGUCGGAGAUUACAUUCAAUUCGGCGGCAGUCUUCGCAUGUACACGCUCACAGGCCCCACCGACAAAAUGCAGCCCGAAACGAAAGUGCAGCUGCGUCCGGAAGACCGUCCGACGCCUCGCGAAGAGCCAGCGAAGGCCUCCAAAACGUCGAGCGAAUCGCAGGGCAAAGUGAAAGUGGCUCCGAUUCGGAUUCGCUUCCUCGGCGAGCGUCCCUCCGACGUGAAUCGCCGCAUCCAGCAAGAGAUUGCGAAUGGAUUGUGGGAUGCAGAUGAUGCAGAUGAUGAUGCGAUGGCUGUCGGAGUUGGGAUGCCUCGUUAUCAAUAG